GACCUUCAGUUAUUCAUUCAGAAUUGUAUUUUUGUAUCGUUAAUACUUCUAGACGUAAAUAAAAAUAAAAAAUAAAAUUUUAUUUCCAAUAUGUAUAAGUUAAACAAAUUAUUAUUGCCCUCUUGGCGUCCAAUGAUGUGCGCUUCGCGUCUGUAUUGCGAUAAACAAGUACGGGAUCUCACCAAUUUUCCAUUGAUUAAAAUGUCGGAAGGUAAAUUUAAAUACAUUAUGGCUCAAGUCUAUAUACAUGGCGCAAUGGCCAGUGCCAGGGAAGUGAUACGGGGCAGUAGUUCACAAAAAUAUCAUAUUGAUAUCUAUGAUACUCUUCGUAAGGAGGCAAAGCAAUACGAUCUGUGCACCCAAUGCACUGGCGGUGGAUAUAUUGUCCAUGAUAGCCAAAAUAAGUACCUUAAGAUCUAUGGUCGUUCUCAGGCCAUGGGCAAGGCAGACCAUGAGAAAACUCGGGAGAUCCUGUCCGAGAAAUAUCCAGGCUACAAGAUCGAUGCAGAACCUGGAGAUUUUGAAGAGUAAACAAUGCAAGCGACAACGUGCAAAGGGCACCAUAAUCCAAAAUUCAAUUUUAUGAAUCGAAAUUAAUAUAAGUAAAUUUAAAAUA